AUGGAAGUCCUACUACUCACGGCUCUUGUGCGCCUUGCAUUUGCCAGCGUUACCACUAGUCCAACUGAUUCGCCGGCACGUACCUCGAGCGGUCUUGAGGUACUCCUGCAAAGCACUGGAAACACCAUUAUCAGAGCCACGGUCUCCAACAUCGGCAACCAGGAUUACAACAUCUUCAGCAAGAAUACCAUAAUCGACCAGUCCCCGGUCGACCGAGUCCAAAUCACGGUCGACGGGGCUCCCGUUCAAUCCAGAGGACUCCGACUCAUAUACGGAACUGACGAGCUCGACGAAAGCCUUUUCGUGCCCAUCCCCGCGGGUCAGUCUGUCGAGGUCUCAUUCGACAUCGCCGCAACGCACUGGGUCCACCAAUCCCCCCAUGGCAAACACAAGAUCACGGCGGUCGGUUCUUUCCAAUAUGCCGAGCUCAACUCCACCAAGAUUGUUGGACAUAUUCCCUACCGAAGCAACGGCCUGGCCGUGGAGGUCGACCUUGUCAAGGCCGCAGCGGCCUUCGAAGGAUUCCACCCUCCCAAGGACGAGCUUCGCAGGCGUGCUUAUAUCUCCGAUAAGCGUUGUACCAAAGACCAGAUCGGGCAAGUACGCAAUGGAAUGGAAGCGUGCGCGAAGGCUGCGCAGGCAGCCGCAGAUCAAGCCGCCAAAGGCGGCUCGCUUUACACCGUCUACUUCAAGUCCGAUUUCUACCAAACGGACAUUUCCAAGCACCUGGGGGCGAUAGCGAAUGAGUGCAAGAAUUUCAACCUCGGUGCAAUCAGGAUAUACUGCGAUGACGUACCGGGCAUAAAUGAGUGCAAAGUUGGAACCGCGGCGUAUGCGAUCCAAAACCCCGACGAACUGACCUUCUGUCCACCGUGGUUCAAGCUCCCGCUCUAUGAACGCUGCGAUCUGUCGGGUGAAGGCCGAGCUGGAAUCGUCAUACAUGAAAUGGCGCACUUCAAACGUGUCCACGACCCCGGGUGCGCGGAUUACGCAUACUUCAAAGGAGCCUCAAAGGAACUGAAUGCUUAUGAUGCUUCGCAGAAUUGUGAUAGUCUCGGCUACUUUGCGAUGGAUUUGUAUGGCAAAUGUCCAGCGUGA